GUAUACUGAGGCAGUAAAGAUGGCUGAAGCAGAGCCUGACAGAAGGGACCCACCGUUCGACUUUUGUUCGGAAUUCUUACAGUUCUCCGCCAAGGACACCGCGUCGCGGUGGUUGGCAGCGGCAAAUCUUCAGGUGGAACUCUACGCUCACCUGGCAGAGUAUGUACCCAAAAUCCUCUGUUUGGGGCCCAGCGGCUGCAGCAGCAGGGAGGAGCAGCGAGAGGAGCAAAGGGAAGAGUUGGCCUGUCAGCUGCUCCUUCUCGCUCCCUUGGAGUGGCUGCUGCUGGGUGAGGAUCCAGCUACAGGCCUCGCUCAGCUGCAGGAGAACAACCAGCCGUCACCACUCUGCGGUCACGUGUUCAAGGUGGGAGAGCCCACCUACUCCUGCAGGGAUUGUGCAGCCGACCCCACCUGUGUUUUGUGCAUGCAAUGUUUCUUGGGAAGUGUUCAUAAAGAUCAUCGAUACAGAAUGACCACGUCCGGAGGCGGGGGGUUUUGUGACUGCGGAGACACUGAAGCCUGGAAGAAGGGUCCUUACUGCCAAAAACACACACCGACCACCAUCAAAGACUCAGAAGAGGACCCCAUAGCCCAGUUACCGGUUGACAUGGUUGCCCGCAGUUGCAGCAUUUUCUCCAUUAUCUUGAAGUAUGCUGUGGACAUGCUUACAUGGACGCAAGAGGAUCAGCUACCUGCAGGCCUGGAACCACCUGAAAGAGGAGACAAUUAUUACUGUAUGCUGUUUAAUGAUGAGGUCCACACCUAUGAACAAGUGAUCUACACCCUGCAGAAGGCUGUCAACUGCAACCAGAAAGAAGCUGUCAGCUUUGCCACCACUGUGGACAGAGAUGGCAGGAAAUCAGUUCGAUAUGGAGAUUUUCUUUUUUGUGAACAAGCCAAGACUGUUAUAGUACGGAACACCAGCCGCCAGUCAAAGCCUCUCAGAGUUCAGGUGAUGCACUCGUCUGUUGUGGCUCACCAGUGUUUUGCGCUGAAAGCGCUCAGCUGGUUAGGACAAAUCAUUCAGUACUCAGAUGGGUUGAGAAGGAUCCUCUGUCAGGUAGGACUUGAGGAAGGUCCAGAAGGAGAAAACUCAUCACUUGUUGAUCGCUUAAUGCUCAAUGACUCCAAGAUGUGGAAAGGCGCAAGAAACAUCUAUCACCAGCUGCUAAUGAACAGCCUCCUUAUGGAUUUUAAAUACAAGAAGAUCUUUGCUAUCCAGUUUGCCAAGAACUACAGGCGCCUCCAGACUGAUUUUAUGGAGGACGACCAUGAGAGGGUGGUGUCAGUGACCUCUUUGUCUGUACAGCUUUUCACCGUUCCAACAAUGGCGCGAAUGCUGAUGGUGAAAGAGAACCUGAUGACCACCAUCAUCAGGACUUUUGUAGACCACCUCCGUCACAGAGAUCUACAGGGGCGCUUUCAGUUUGACCGCUACACAGCGCAGCAGGCCUUCAAAUUCGGACGAGUUCAGAGCCUCAUUGGAGACCUCAAGUAUGUCUUAAUCAGUCGGCCAUCUGAGUGGAGUGAUGAACUCAGAGAGAAGUUUCUGGAUGGUCUGGAUGCUUUUCUGGAGCUCCUUAAGUGUAUGCAGGGCAUGGACCCUGUAGUUCGUCAAGUGGGGCAGCACAUUGAGAUGGAACCUGAGUGGGAGGCAGCAUUCACCCUGCAGAUGAAACUGACUCACAUCAUCUCUAUGAUUCAGGAGUGGUGCGCCACAGAUGAGCGCGUGCUGAUUGAGGCCUACAGGAAGUGUUUGAGUGUUGUCAGUCAAUGUCACAUUGGCCUUCCAGACGGUGAGCAGCCAAUAAGCUUGAAUCUGGCUGGUCACUCUGUGGAGACUUUCCGGUACCAAGUGUCUCAGGACAAAGUGUCCAUCCACCUCCCUGUCUGCAGACUGCUUGCAGGUUUUCAUGUACUCCUCAGCAGAACAGAAAUUGCUUCUCGCCUCCCUGAAAAACUUCCAUUGGGGGAACUCAGCCCGCCUCUCUUGAUUGAAUUACCCUUAAGAUGCCUAGUCCUUUGUGCCCAGGUGCUUGCUGGGAUGUGGAGAAGGAAUGGCUUCUCCUUAAUAAACCAAAUUUAUUAUUACCACAAUGUCAAGUGCAGAGUGGAGAUGUUCGACAAAGACGUCAUCAUGCUGCAGGCUGGAGCCUCCAUGAUGGACCCAAACCACUUCCUGAUGAUUGUGCUUAGUCGUUUUGAACUUUUCCACAUUUUCAGCUCUGCAGACUGCAGAAAGAGAUACGCCUGCAGGGAGACCAAUAAGGAUCUGGUCCAGCAGAACAAUACCCUGAUCGAGGAGAUGCUACACUUAAUAAUCAUCUUGAUUGGUGAACGUUAUGUGGCAGGCGUCGGACUUGUGGAGCCAUUUGACGAGGUCAGAAGGGAAAUCAUCCACCAGUUGUCAAUCAGACCUAUGGCUCAUAGUGAGCUGGUGAAAGCUCUUCCAGAGAACGGGAACAAGGAGACUGGACUAGAGCGUGUCAUAGACUGUGUUGCUUCGUUCAAGAAGCCAGGUGUAACUGGUCGUGGUCUUUACGAGCUGCGUCCUGAGUGGAGCAAGCACUUCAACCUGUACUUUUAUCACUACAGCAGAGCCGACCAAUCUAAGGCAGAGGAGGCUCAGAGAAAGCUGAGGAGACAGACCGGCGAUGAUACAGCCCUUCCCCCACCAGUUCCUCCUCCUCUCUGUCCCCUGUUUGCUAGCCUGGUGAACUUGCUGCAGUGUGAUGUGCUUUUGGGUGUGGAGGGUGCUGUGUUGCAGUGGGCGAUGGAACCGAGGGGCGGAGGCUGGUCAGAGUCAAUGCUGCAGAGAGUGCUCCAUCUAGUAGGCAUGGCUCUGCUGGAGGAGCAACAACAGCUGGAAAACAAUAGCGAGGAUGACAUCACCUUCAAUUACACUUCUAAAAUUACACGUCCAGGUGAAGCUCCAAAUACUUCAGGAAGUGUCCUGGCUUUGCUGGAGAGUCUUCAGAAUGCUCCUCAUCUGGAGGUCCACAAAGACAUGAUCACCUGGAUCCUAAAGAUGGUGGCAAACAUCAAAACGAUUAGAGAACGUACAUCCUCCACCUCUUCAGUUACUGUCACCCAUGGACAUGGGCAGGAGGAGAUGAUACGAGACAAAGACAAAGCAGAGAGGAAGAGGAAGGCAGAAAUGGCUCGACUGCGGAGGGAAAAGAUAAUGGCUCAGAUGUCUGAGAUGCAGAAGCAUUUCAUCAACGAGAACAAAGAACUUUUUCAGCAAACUCUAGCAGAACUCGAGGUGUCAACAUCUGGUGAUUUGGAGCACAGCACUUCCAGUUCGGAGCCGUCCUGUUCAUCUGAGGUCUGCGUCGGUCCCACAAGAGUGGGCAGAGGAGCCGAGCGGCGUGACCUGGUGACCUGCAUACUGUGUCAGGAGGAACAGGAGGUGAAAUGUCACGGCAGGGCCAUGGUUUUGGCAGCGUUUGUUCAGAAAUCAACCGUUUUGUCCAAAAGACGCUGCUGCUCUAUACCCAACGCAGAGCGACAUGACCCUUUGUUCAUGCAUCCAGACCUGUCAGUAGGUAUCCAUACUGCUAGUUGUGGACACAUCAUGCAUGCCACCUGCUGGCAGAGGUACUUUGAAGCAGUGCAGCUCAAGGAGCAGAGGCGGCAGCAGCGUUUGCGAAGUCACACCAGCUACGACGUGGAGAAUGGAGAGUUCCUGUGUCCACUGUGCGAGUGUCUUAGCAACACUGUUAUACCUCUGCUGCCGCAUGCACAAACACCUGACCGCAGUGUUGAUCACCCAAGUCUGGACAUGUGGCUGAAGACAACUAGUCAGCAGAUUGCAGCACUGCACCACUCCUAUAAAAAACCGCCAAGUGCAGAUGACAUGGAGCCUCCUAUCCCUGAAGGAUUCAGGCUUGAUUUUACUCCACUAAACCCUUUUUCCAGCAGUAUUAUUGAGAUGAUAACCACGUUCAGCAUGUCAACCUACAAGGUGGGACUAAAGGUGAAUCCCAAUGAGCAGGACCACAGGGUGCCCGUGCUGAGUUGGUCCACCUGUGCCUACACCAUCCAAGCAAUAGAGCGCCUCCUUAUGGAUGAGGAGAAGCCUUUAUUCGGAGGUUUACCCUGCAGACAGGAUGACUGCUUGAGCUCCAUCACCAGGUUCAGUUCAGCUUGCUGGACAUCAGCUUCACUGCAAACACUCCACACGCACUUCAUCAGAUUGUUUGCAGCUCUGGUUCCUUGCCAACAAGUAGAAAACACUCCAAGCAUCCUGGACAUUGACAUGUUCCACAUUCUGGUUUACACCGUGCUGUCCUACACCUCUGUUCACAGUCUGGACCAAUCAGGACGUAAUGUGAUCGACUCUGCUCAUAUCCAUCUCCUUCAACUUAUCACUGUUGCUCACAUGGUUCAGGUCCUGCUCACCUCGACCACGGAAGAGGUUUGCAUGGAACAGGAAGGUGGGGGAUCUGAGGAGGAGGAGCUUGCCUGUCAACUCUACAACACACUGAGGAAACACCUGGACGGCAUUUUACCUGACGUGGCUUCCUGGCAAUUAUGGCGUUGUGUUAAGGCUGGCGUCUUCCCAUUCCUCAGAGCCGCCGCUCUUUUUUUUCAUUACCUGAACUCUACAGCGCCACCAGCUGACCUACAAGGUGCAGGACCUGGCCAAUGGGAGGCCGUGUGUAGCUACCUCAAUCUGCCCUCCAACCUGCUUCAGAUGUACCAGAGCCAACAAGCCGUGCUGGAACCACUCAUACACAGUUGGUGUGCUCACCCAGCCGUCAGACAAACACUGGAGGGCUGUGGGUUCAUGGUCCAAUUUCCCAGAGAAUCCAACAGAUUGAUCGACCUGCCUGAAGACUACAGCGUUCUUAUUAACCAGGCAUCCAGCUUCACGUGCCCCCGCUCAGGAGGAGACAAGUCGCGUGCUCCCACUCUGUGUCUGGUGUGCGGUUCCAUGCUGUGCUCUCAGAGUUACUGCUGUCAGACCGAGGUGGACGGCGAGGACGUCGGCGCCUGCACCGCCCACACCUUCACGUGCGGCGCUGGCCUCGGGCUCUUCCUAAGGGUCCGAGAGAGUCAGGUUCUGUUUGUGGCAGGCAAGACCAAGGGCUGCUUCUACCCGCCCCCAUACCUGGACGACUACGGCGAGACGGACCAGGGUCUCAAGCGGGGGAACCCCCUGCAUCUUUGCGUGGAGCGCUACAGGAAGAUCGAGCGUCUGUGGCGUCAGCACGGCAUCGCCGAGGUCAUCGGGCACGCUCAGGAGGCCAAUCAGACGCUUGUCGCCAUCGACUGGCAGCACUUGUGACAACCUUUUUUUUUUUUACGAGGGAGUCCAAAGCCACAAGAUAUACACUUGAAUCCUGAUAUCUUAUCAAAGCAGCAAAAGAACUGAGCAGCUUUUUAUUGCUGACGAAGCGCUUUAACCGAUUAUUCAUUUCUGCGUCUGGGGUGUCCAAAGGGUGGCCUUUUUUUUUUUAGCCCCUGGCAUAUUGUAAAAAUUAAAGUAAUAAUGAGAUAUAUUACUACAUUUUUACACAACACAAAGUUACAAUGCUUUGUUCCGAUCACUAAGCAAACAGAGUUAAACCCGCUAACGACUCAUUAAGUCCUUCCACAAAUUCAACCAAUCCCCGUUGCCCUGGUCCAAUCUUUGCAAUUUUUCCAAAUAUUUGAGCCAAUCAGAUUUGUUUCUGAGCACAAUAAAUCCUUCCUGUUCCUGUUUACGGCACUAAGCCUUCUGGGUAAUGUAGUAUAUCAACAUUUAGUUUCCAGGUGACGUGUAUUUAUAUAUUUAUUAAACCUUUACUUAUCCAGGGUAAGACUAACUGAUUUUCUUUCGCAACGCUGUGCUAGCAAAGAGGCAGUAUUUACAUGUUAGAGAUGUUGAAGUGUGAUGAUGAUCUCGUUUACUAACGAAAAUCUGCACCGCAGACCGCGCUCAACAAUUCACAAAUGCUCUUAACGGCAUCAACACUGUUUUUGUUUUCCAAAGUUUUUGUUCACUUCCUGAUCAUUUUGAGGUUACAAGGAACACUUAAAACAUUGAUAAUCAAUACAUCAAAUUACAAGUUAAUUCAAGCCCCAAAACCCUGCAACAUUUGCCGCAAGUUCUGGAAAAAGUAAUCUUUUUAUGACGCAAUAAUCACAAAAAGGGCCAACAAAAUCCUGGAGUGAAGCACCCGCUUAUGUCGACAUCCUUUGACGCCUCCCAGACUGAGGCUGCCAACAAAAAGUCACGUAGCAAAGAUGAGGUUGGAAUUAAUUGAGCGAUGAUUCAUUUAUCAUAUCAGGCAGUCGUGUAUCUUUGAUGUUUUCAGGUUUUUGCUUGGCAGUGAAUCUUUUUGCCAACAUGUUUAUUUUUGUCGUUCUUAAAUCAAAUCUGCAAGAAGAGUCUUUUUUUUUAUAUUAGUCCAUCUAAUUUCUUAUCAAACAACAAGACUCUUUGAAGUAAAAACACUAUUUUUGGUCAGAUUUUGGUUGUUGGGAAUUUUUGGUUUGUUAGUUUUGCCGCCUCAGCACACACACAGCAUGUUGCUGAGUCAGCAUCUCUGCUUUGAUCACAUCUCACUUGUCAAUAUGUGAAUUGUUGUAUAGAUGAGGAUGUACAAAAUGUAGAAGAAGAGCAGACAAUAAAAACUUGGGGAUGUUUUUGUUUUCUUGAA